AAAAAAACGGAAAAGUCAUGAAAUGAAAACAGCUGCAAGCUUAAAUAAAAUACUUUUCUAAUUUCUUGUAAUAAGCAUUAAUUUACUAUGAAUUCAGGAAAUUGGUUUCUGAUCAAAAGCUUGUGUGAUUUAUCUUUUCGACAGUGUAGAGGAUGGCGGAUACCGCCACGUCGGCUUUAUGCGAACGCUACAAGUUUUCCAGAUUAUUUUAAAAAUCCGAUAUUUAGGAAAGAACAGCAAGGAAAACUAAUUGAGAGCGGCGAAUUAUCAAAACUUGCAGCUGUACCUGUAAAACCCCCCGCCACAUACGAGACUUGCUCGGUGUAUCAUGACCCUCUUGUAAAUAAAGUAAUUAACCAUGUUAUGGAAAUGGGCAAGAAGCAGUUAGCUCGCAGUCUAGUUGAAAAAUCUUUUGAAAAUAUAAAAAGGACACAGAUUGAACGCUAUCAUCUAGCUCCAACUCCAGAAGAAAAAAAUAAAAUUGAACUGAAUCCAAAAAUAAUUUUGCAUAAAGCAGUUGAAAACUGUAAACCAUUAUUGCAACUUUCUCCUAUUAAGAGGGGUGGUAUCACAUACCAGGUGCCUGGACCUAUAACUGAGAAAAGAUCUUUAUUUUUGGCUAUAAAAUGGUUAUUAGAUGCUACAAAUGAUAAAGACAGGACUGUCCAUUUUCCAGAACAGUUUGCGUGGGAGCUGCUAGAUGCUGCAAAUAAUACUGGAAAAGUAGUGAAACGCAAACAAGAUUUACAUCGCCAGUGUGAAGCAAAUAGAGCAUAUGCUCAUUAUCGGUGGCAGUAGUUCCCACAUGAAACUGAAAUUUAAUAAUUAAUAGAGUCAUGUAUAAUGUACAUGGCUGUAUAUAAUAGGAAGAAUUUUAUUAAAUAAUAAUAAAAAAUAGGUUUUGAAGCAGGA